CUUACCUACUAAUAUAAUAUUAUUAAGUUGUUUGUUGUUAAUAAAACCCGCGGUUAAAAUAUUAUCAAUGAUAUAAAAUCGCGUUUUUUAAAGUUCAUUCAUUAACAUUUAGUUUACCAAGUGUCGCAUUACGCAUACUGUGGUCAACGUACAGUGUACACUCUAAUUGUACAAUUUCGUCGAUUAGAAUACCUAGUUCAAUUUUGUAAUUCUGUCCCGGUUCGCCUUGACAUUUUGAUAGUAACCUACCUUACAACACCAUUCCACAGUAACCGACCAAAUAAUUUUUAUGACAAUCAACAGUAAGUUAUCAAUUAAGCAGUUUUUUAAAAACUAAAAUGGAAAACAUAACUAUUCAUAGUGUUAAAGUGGAGAACAGUAUAUAUUUGACCGAUCAUAACUACUAUAUUCCCCCCGUUACAGAUAGCAAUAAUAUUAAAAGUAGGAAUAAUGAACAUUUGUUGGAGCACAAUUAUUUUUCACAAGAUAUAAGUAUUCUAUAUGAUAAAAAGAGGAAUAAUCAUCAUUUGUUAGAACAUAACUAUUUUUUAUCAGUUUUUAACUUCAAAGUAAAAAAAGAAAUCAUACAUUCAGAGAAUAGUAAAGAUGAAACUGGUGAAGAAGAAAAAAAUUAUGAUGAUGAAUACAAAGUACCUGUUUCAUAUUCUAUAUUGCCAGGUGUUCGGUUAAAUUCACAAGUUUAUAUGGAUAAUUUAUACCACAGAUAUUAUAAACAUUCAAGUAGGAGCAAUGUAAUAUAUUUAGUAUGUGAAAAUCAAAAGAAUAAAGCAGAAUUUUGUCCAGUAAUGGCAUCUAUAAGUGCAGAUAUGAAUAACAAUAGAAUAAAAACAACUGGGCAGCAUAAUCAUCUUCCUCGACGAGUGGACAUUUCUAUGGUAAAUUUAAGAAGAGCAAUUGGUCUACAAGCAACAAGAUCUGAAUCACUGUCCAUACCAAUUAAACAGUUAUACAAUCAAGCAAUAAUCACAAAUCCAGAAGGUGCAAAAAAUUAUUCUUUAUCACAGUCACAAUUAAGUGUAAGAAGAAUGCGUCGACGUCGUCAAGUGGCUUCAAUUGUUUAAGAUGUGUCAGGUUCCAUGAGUCAGGGGUAAUAAGACUCAUUUACUAUUACAAUUUAUCUCCAGUUAUGACCUUGGACUUCAAUUAUGAAUGAUAAAAUAAAAAUCAACGGACACAAUGUAAGGAGAGCUAUAAGAUUACAAUAUCCUGACUACUAUAGACAGUUACAAAACAAGAAAUAAUCGUAGUUUAUCUACGUUGUGUAAGAAAAUGAAGUUUUUUGCAAGAAAAAUUAAUAUUAUUUUACAAUGUUUUGCAGAUCAUGCUUUAUAUUAAAGGUUUUAUAUUUUGAACUAUUAUUUAGCCGUACAAGAAACUUAAAAGAGAUAAUAAAAAUAGUGAUUUUACAAUCAAUCAUAUGUAUAAAACAUUUGGUCUCUAUAAAUAUAUAUUUAAUAUGUAGAUGCUUUAUUCUUGGCAAUUAAUAAAAUAAAACAUUUAUUCUCUUGGAGUUUGUUUUCCAGUAUAAGUA